GGGAGAUAACUCGCAAAAUCGAAUCACUCUCAUAUGCCAAACUAGCCUUGCAUUUCACCAAUCGAAUCCAUUCCUCUUGGUGCGCUCAAUCUCACAUCUACUUUUCUAUUUCCCUUUCUCUAAAUUUUCCAUGUAAAUUCCUCCUUUUGCGUUUCCCUUUCGCUUUAUUGCAACCAUUUGGAGCUAUAUCUUGUUGUGCACAUGCAAAGAUCGUUGUUUCCAGUCCGGGUUUUCAAUCCUUAAACCCUGUUUUAUAAAUCAGAUCCUAUUUUUGCAUCUCUUUCGUUGAUGUAAACUGUGAUUUAAAUUUCUUGAUACUUGCACGGUUUUAGAAGUUCGAACAAUUUAGUUUUACACUUGAUUGUAGUUUUCUAGAGAAUCACGAUCGAGGAACAAACUUCGUAGGGGAACUAGGGCUAAAGGGUAGAUUUGAAAAAAAAAAGCUGAGUAAUUUGCAUGUUGGUGAAGAUUAGCAGUUUAACGGUUGUAAAAGCUAGAUAUCGAUACACACAAUGGGUUACAUAGGUGGUCAUGGCAUCAAUGCACUGCAUAGAUACAAGUACAGUGGAGUUGAUCACUCUUAUCUCGCAAAAUAUGUCCUGCAACCUUUCUGGACUCGAUUUGUUACUUUCUUCCCUCUUUGGAUGCCGCCUAAUAUGAUUACACUCAUGGGAUUCAUGUUCUUGCUCAUAUCUGCAGUGCUUGGUUAUAUAUAUUCACCACAUUUGGACUCUGCUCCACCAAGAUGGGUUCAUUUUGCCCAUGGACUACUUCUCUUCUUGUAUCAGACCUUUGAUGCUGUUGAUGGAAAACAAGCUAGAAGGACAAGUUCUUCCAGUCCACUUGGAGAACUUUUUGAUCAUGGAUGUGAUGCACUUGCAUGUGCUCUAGAGGCUCUGGCUUUUGGAAGCACUGCUAUGUGUGGCAGAAAUACAUUUUGGUUUUGGGUGAUUUCAGCUGUUCCAUUUUAUGGUGCCACAUGGGAACACUAUUUCACCAACACCCUAAUCCUCCCAGCAGUAAAUGGGCCUACAGAGGGUCUCAUGCUUAUAUAUGUGGCACAUUUCUUUACAGCUAUCGUUGGUGCACAGUGGUGGGCUCAGAGUUUUGGAGAGUCCAUUCCCCUCUUAAGUUGGGUUCCAUAUAUAAAUGGAAUCCCUACCUAUGGAGCUGUUUUGCUGUUUAUGAUAGUUUUUGCUGUUAUACCCACUGUCACAUUCAAUGUUCAGAAUGUUUGUAAGGUUGUGGAGUCUAGAAAAGGAAGCAUGAUAAAUGCCUUGGCUAUGCUUGUCCCAUUCUUUGUGCUAUUGGUAGUAGUUAUUCUCUGGGAUUGUAUGUCUCCAUCGAAUUUAAUCGACAACUACCCACAUAUGGUGGUGAUGGGAACUGGACUAGCUUUUGGAUUCCUUGUGGGAAGGAUGAUAUUGGCUCACUUGUGUGAUGAACCCAAGGGAUUGAAAACCAGCAUGUGCAUGUCCUUGCUUUAUCUCCCACUUGGAAUUGCAAAUACGAUCACUGCAAGGUUAAAUGUUGGAAUUCCAUUGGUUGAUGAGAAAUGGGUUCUUCUUGGUUUCUGUAUAUACACAGCUGCGCUGUAUCUGCACUUUGCCACGUCAGUUAUUCAUGAAAUAACAACAGCUCUUGGAAUUUACUGUUUUAGAAUCACAAAGAAGGAGGCUUGAGACAUGUUCAUGAAGUUCACACGUGGGAAUGGUGCCUUGAAGAUCCUUAUGUCUUUGUUUGUAACCAUAACAUAUCAUGUCCUAUCUUACAAAUGUAGUGUAGCAUUUAGAUGCAGACUUUUUACUUCUUUUUUACUUUAUCAUAAUGCGGUUUAUUUGUUUUUCUUUUUAGAAAUUUUAAUUAUAAUUAGCUUAUAGGGUUUCUUUAUGUGUUUUUUAAUAUCAUAUUUCUCAUCUCAU